AUGCAGCCACGUCACAACAUUGAGCGAGUAAUUUUGGGCUACAAAUCUGGAUACAAGCGUAAGGAACGCAUGUUCCUGGACGGCCAAAAACUGGUGCUAUUUGCGCAUGUGUCCGCUGUUGAGAUUGUCGCGGGCCCGCCUGCGGCAAUACAAUCCGGCCUGCUCGAGGAGAUUGCUCGCUGGCGCCCUGAUAACUCCGGGGCCAAACCGACAGUUAUGCCAUCGCCACCUGUCUGA